AUGCCAUGCAAAGAUUGUGAAAGGCGGCACUACAGUCACAAAUUCAAAAAAGAUCACCUUUUUCCCAGUGAUAUACAGGACCCUCGCCAGGCCCCUCCCGAAUGGCUUAACUUUAUUUCUAACCAUUUCGUGGAUUGUGUCACAUUGAGUGGUGAAGUCCCUGCCCCAACCUUCCACCGACAACUUUGCUCCUCCUCCAUAGAUUAUGUAUUUGCUUCUUCCGACCUUGCCCCGUGCCGUCAGUCCUCUUCUGUGUCCUAUAUACAUCCGAAUUGGUCCGAUCAUUGUCUAGUAGCCACUACUUUUAAGUUUACCGCCAACCAUACAACAGGAAAGGGAAUGUGGCGCGCCAACCCUCGUCUUGCCCGCAACCACACUUUUUGCACUGAAUUUGACGCCUAUAUUUCUAUCUCCGUAUUUCUACUUUCUCCCUAUAUGUCCCCACAAGACCAAUGGGAUAGAUUAAAACAUAUGCUUACAAAAUUCAUUAAGUCCUUUACUAGGCGCCGCACACAAACACUCACUACACUGGAGGCCAGACUUCAAAAGCGAGCUUCACAUAUCCACCUCUCCCGCGCCUUGUCCUUCCGUGGCCGUGCUACUGUCCUAAACUCUCUUAUAUUGUCAAAGCUCUGGCACGUUCUUCGUGUUGUAUCUGUUCCCGGCACAUUCUUUACAAAAGUUCGCUCUCUCAUGGGUCGCUUUCUUCAGCAUCGAAGCUUCCCACCGAUUAGACUUGACACUCUAUGUCUCCCCACAAAAAUGGGCGGUUUAGGGGUUUUGAAUCCAAAACUGCAACAAGGUGCCCUUCAGCUCCGUUGGCUUCGACCUCUAUUCCAAUCCACUUCGUCUCCUUCUGGUCUGGUGUUGCCUUGGCUGCUAUAUCUUCUUCGGCAUUAUCUACCUGAUGUCCAUCCCCAUCUUCCUUUCAUUUUUCCUGACCUCAGACACCCUCGAUUCCGAACUUAUACCAGUCCUUUCUUUAACCUUUUUGCUGCCUGCGAUCUCUUGCCUCACGAUUUUGACUCUACUGUGAUAAAUCUACCGACUUGUCUGGACAUUCCUCUCGCCUCUGCAGUUGUGGUUCCACAUGGUCUCCCUGCUUUUCCUGCUUCUUGGCGUCACCUCCGGAUCCGGGAUGCCUACGAGAUCAACACCACUUUGGAUAUCCUUUCUCGCCGCUUACCUUCUUCCUUUCCUCGUUCACCACGCAUCCUCCGCAAAGUCCUUCAGCGGGUGGAUGAUCACUCUCUUUUCCUUCACGCAUUCGUCAUUCGCGCUUGCCUGCCUCAAAGUAUCUUGACCGAACAAUUCCCUGACUUGAUGGCUCGCACGGGCACUGAGGUUGACCCUUCCACACUCCUGUCGGCCCUCUCUCCUACCUUUCCUUGGAAACGCUUGUCUACACGCCAAUUCCGUUCCUCCUGUGAAGUCGUCACUUCUUCUAUCGAGGAUGUACCGCACAACAUACGAGACAUCAAAUGGCGUCAAUUCUGGUCUUUUAUCCUUCCGUAUGCCUCUCGCAACAUUUGGUUCCGGCUGCUUCACCACAAGAUCUCAUGUCAAUCCGUGCUGCAUAACCGUAUUCCCACCUCAUUUCCCUCCCCUAAUUGUUCGCUGUGUGGAACUGAAAUUGACUCUCAAGACCAUUUUCUCUACGCAUGCCCACUCAAGCUUCCUCUCUGGCACACACUCUGGCUCGCGCAUUUCGGCUUUUCCCCCCAAUCCUCUGACAUUCACAAUGCGCUAUACAAGUUUUCCUUCCCUCUCCCCCUUGAUCCCACUUCACAUCCUGCCUCAAUCCUUGGCUCUGUUCUUUUAGCCUUGUGGAGACAUCACUGGGCUUUCAUAUUCGAUCAAUCACCUUUCGUUGCCGCUAAUGCCACUACCACUGCCAAUUCCCUGCUUUCCCGUUUACAAUCCGAAAAACACCUUGAUCAACGCCCUUUUUCUGUCUAAGUUCAUCGCGUUUCUUCGUUUCCACAUUUUUUUUUACAUUACAUUUACAACUUAAAACACAAAAUCCCCAAAAACAUUUAAAUAAUAGAAAAACCAAAAACAAGUUGUGGCGCCUCUUAAACCUUUUGGACAAGAGUCCCACCAAUAAACCAGAGCUCCGCUCCAUACAAAC